ACUUAAUAAGAGAAGCACUGCACAGAUCUAAAGACGACUUGACUUCCCUUUCCUUUCCCUCCCGCCCUCUUUCCGCCAUAUGACGUAAAUUAUAUGGUUAUGUAUAUUUCUAUAUAAAAGGAGACAGAUACAGUGACAGCAGGGUGACCAACUGUCUUGCUUUCCAUUGGCAUUUCUCUUGUACGGUAGAUCUCAAGCUGCCUCAACCUCUCUCUCUCUUGCUCUUUGAGGAAAGCUGCAUUCUAACAAACCAAAGAAAAAAAAAAAAGGAACAGAGAUAGACAGAGAGAAGAAAGAGAGAUGGGGUUGGGAGUGGAAACAGCAGCAGCAUAAGAGUGUCAUGGUAAUAGUUGGAAGCGAAGAUGAUGAAUAGGAAUCUAAGGGAAUCUUUGGUGGGCGGGGGGAGGAAUAAUAUCAAUGUUUCGGCGGCGUCCCAUCAUCACCGCCGUGGUCAAAGUUUGACCGGAGGAUUAUUUACCAGGGAUUCCGACGAGAAUUUGGAUCUCUUCUCCAAAAACCGUCGAAGCCUCUCCGUCGCCUCCUCCGAUGAAUCCUCCGACGUAAAACUGGGAAGACUAUCGCUUGGAUCAGCGAACGUGGGAAAGGGUGGCCUGGAUGAUCUACUUUCGUCUACAGAUGGAGGAAAGCAUGACUAUGACUGGCUUCUAACUCCACCGGGGACUCCACUUUUUCCUUCGUCUGAGGGAUCUGAAUCUCAGUCAACUUCACUAGCUCCAAGAAGCAAUUCCAAAGUUAGAUCAGUUUCGACUGCAAAGACUUCAAGGCUUUCAGUUUCACAAUCUGAGAGCAAUCAUUCCACAAGACCCACUAGAAGCAGUUCAGUAACGCGACCUUCUCUUUCUUCUUCAUAUAGUACCUAUUCCUCAAACAGGGGCCCAUCAAUUCUUAAUACAAGCUCAGCGUCUGUGUCAUCUUAUACUAGACAUUCCUCACCCGUUACCCGCUCGCGACCUUCAACCCCAUCUGCCCGCUCAACACCAUCACGAGCCUCAACUCCUUCAAAAGUCCGUCCAUCUCCCACCAGCUCUUAUAUUGACAAAAGUCGACCAUCGCAAAGUUCAAGACCAUCAACUCCAAGUUCUAGGCCACAAAUCUCUGCAAACUUGAACUCAACAGCUGUUCGAUCAAAUUCUCGUCCAUCAACUCCCACACGUCGGAAUCCAAUACCUUCUCUAUCUUCAGCAGCAGCUGGAGCUUUGCCAUCUGCUGGGCGCACUCUUUCAAAUGGUCGCAGUGCAGCUCCAGCAUCCCGACCAAGCUCCCCAGGUCCACGAGUCCGGCCCCCUCAACAGCCUGUUGUGCCCCCUGAUUUUCCUCUUGACACGCCACCAAACCUUAGAACAACUUUGCCUGAUAGGCCAGUCUCUGCUGGUAGGUCUAGGCCUGGUGUUUCUGUCAGUAUGAAAGCAAACCAAGACACUACUAGCUCUGUAAAUAUGCCCAGAAGACAUUCAUCACCAAUUGUCACAAGGGGAAGACUCACUGAACCCCCUGGAAGGACUCGUGUCCAUUCCAAUGGGCAUGCAUCUGACAUACAUGAGUCUCGGAAGACCUCACAUGUCUCAGAUUCAGCUAUGCGGAAACCUGUAAAGUCUUCAACAACCACUGCAGAUAGUGCAGGACUUGGGAGGACUAUCUCAAAAAAAUCGCUGGAUAUGGCUAUUAGGCAUAUGGACAUAAGAAAUGGCACAGGGAGCAUUCGUUCCCUUUCUGGCACCACUCUUUUUCCUCAGAGCAUCCGAUCUGCUACUACCAGAACCCAAUCUCUUCGCUCCGUCAGUACUUCAGACUCUGUCAAUAGUAAUGGAAGCCCUGGUAGCUUGCAAAAUGCAGACUUCUCUGAGAACGGAAAUAGUAUUAGCAGACCUGUAGAGAACGGAAGUAAUUCCCUUGAUGGAAGAUACGCUGCCAAAUUAAGUGAGGUGGACAUCUAUGAGAGUUCCCGUUAUGAUGCAAUAUUGCUAAAGGAGGACUUGAAGAAUACAAACUGGCUGCAUAGUAUUGAUGAUAAAUCCGAUCCAGGAUCCAUCUUUGAGAAUGGAUUUGAGCCUCUGCCUGAACCUUUUGGCCUAUUAUAACAUCCAAGAAGUGGGUUUUUGUUUUUCUAAUUCUUCUUAAUUCAUAUUUAUUUUUUAUUUUUAUAAUUUGUGCUCUUAUAAUUAUUUGGUUACUAUGAAAGAAUGUAAUCUGACAGCUUUUACCAACGAAAAUGAAGAGUGAAGAAGGCAGUAGUGUUUCUGCAAA